AGAUCUUAACCGACUCUCGGAGUCGACUCUGGAAUCGAGCAGUCUCAAGAAGUUUCGCCCCUCCUCCUUGUCGCGUUAACCUCAUAUCCCACGAACCAAUCAAAUGAGUGUAUCGAAGUCAAGCGCGUUGUCUUGUCUCUAGGAGACACAUAUCAACAAAUCGCUGGGAAGCCGUCGGAUAUUUACCAUGAAAAGAGACAUAGUGGAAAAACUUCCACCCCUAAAACGAGAAGGAGGCUUCAUAUCACCUCCUUUUAAAUCGCAAGAAGCCGCCAUGAUGGACUGCCAGCAGGACAUGUUCCCCGGGACGAAUCCUCAUCAAAGGAGACACAAAUCUGCUACUGCCAGGCAAAACCUAUAUUCUGAAGAAAAUCCUUUGUGCCACAGACUGGCAUUUAACCGAAACAACUGCCAAGCAGACAGUGAUCAUUUCAUACCAAAAAACAAUAAGACCGUCGAUUGGCUUGAGGUGCACUGGGGAAAUGACAAACCGACCAGUCACAGGAGAUGGGUAAAACAUGAUAGGAGUGAACUAGAAGAAUUUGAUUCUGAUCCCAGUGAUCUGUCCAGACCUCGAGAUGGAACCAAAAGCAAAUCAAUCGGUGGGACAUUAAACAAGAGCCAACGCAUACUUUGUGAAAAUGAGAUCUGGAUGGCAGUAGAAAUACGCAAAAAAAAAAUGUUAUUACAGGAAAAGCUUUUAAAUGCUGCAGAAACCCUGAGGAACGUUCAACUGAGAAAUGCAUCUGAGGACAAGAUGAAAGAAGAGCAGAAGGGCACAGGGAAAGCAGAAAGCAGGUUAUACUAUAAGAAGAAAGGAACCUGGGACUGGGAGAGUGCCAGAGACAGAGCUUUAGGAGGCAGAAAACAUGAAGGACAACAAGAGGGAUUUAAUAAGUGGGAGAGAUGUGCAGGACAAAGUUCAGCAAGACAAGAGAAUCGUAUAAACGGCACACAUGAUGGUCAGAAGGAGAAAAGCAGAGAAGAAUUAAAGUGGGAGAGCAGGGGCAGACAAACUCAGAGAACUACGGAGACUGCGGAAAAGGAAUGGCGCCGUUUUGAAGAAAGGGCAAGGCCUAUGAGGAAACAGACAACUGAAGAAAACAACACAAGGAAAGAAAGUGCAAUGGAACAGCAAGGGACCGUGCUAAGAAAAUGGGAGCAGAAAGAUUGUCAGGAGAAGGACAUAGGGAGAGCAAAUGACGGAGGAACGAGAGGCCAUGAAGGAACAAAGCUUAAGGGAGACAUAAAGUGGGGCACUGCAGAUCAGGAGAAGGAAAUAGGGAGAGCAAAUGACGGAGGAAAGAAAAGGCAUGAAGGAACAAAGCUUAAGGGAGACAUAGAGUGGGGCAAUGCGGAUCAGGAGAAGGAAAUAGGGAGAGCAAAUGAUAGAGGAAAGGAAAGGCAUGAAGAAACAAAGCUUAUAGUAGACAUAGUGGAUCAGCACAGCAACAGUGCUGCAGAGAUGUAUAUAAACAAAUAUGCUCCAGACAACACUGUCCAACAUCUACCUUGUAAAAUAUGUAAAAGACGUUUUAAAGAAGAUCGACUGGAGCAGCAUACCCGCAUUUGUGAGAAAGCACAAAAAAAAGGACAUUUCUAUGACUCCAAAAUGCACCGGGCCAAAGGCACUGAUCUGGAGGAGUUUAGGAAGACAAACGCUCAAAGGGAAGAACCACAGUCCAAGAAGAGUAGUUGGCGAGAAAAACACCAGGCGCUCAUUCAGUGCUUAAAACAGUCUCGUGAUCCUAAACACAAAGACUUUCAGCCAAGUGCAGCUAUGACUUUUGAUUAUAAAACCUGUCCCCACUGUCAAAGACGUUUUGCUCCUGGACCAGCUGAGAGGCACAUUCCAAAGUGCCUGAACGUUAAGAGCAAACCUCCACCUCCCCGGCACCACCACUGAACUCAACAGCAGAGACUACAUGUUGAUCUCGAUGUCAGUGAUUUAAUGAAUUUUUUUUUUGUCUUUUUGAAGGAAUGUAAUAAUUAAUUACCACUGCCCAUUAAAGAAAAUGACAGUGUUAACGAUUGUAGACAAAAAUAAAUCAUAAAAAAAAACCCUGAUGUAAUUAUGUCUAAAUUAAUUAGAAGUUUAAAAUUUAAACUUAAACCUAUGUAAGCUACGCAUACUUAAACACACACAUGCGUUAUGUAAUGUGGUCAGGUACACAUGAACAAAACUUCAGGGCUUUUAUUAAUAUGAUGCAUGCAAUUCUUUUUUUAAGUAUAUGCAGUUACAUAUGGAAAACACUUCAAUACAUCAGUGACACAUGGGGCAUAAAAUCUUUGGUGAAAAUUUGUCAAUGUAGAAAAGUGUAAUGUGUGUGUGCGUGAGAGAGCGAGAGAGCGAGAGCUAGAGAGAGAGUUUGCAGGCCACAGCUUAGGGUUUGCAAUGAUGUUUUGGCAAUUUGCUUUAUAGCUUUACAAAUUAAAAAUAAAUUACCAUAAAGAAAACAAAAUAAAAAAAUUGAAUUAUGCAAUCCACACACAAAGAUACAAAAAAAUGUCUGGUUUCAUUGUACCUUUAAAAAGCAGAGAAUUUGCUGUGCUCGGAGAGUGGAUGUACACAUUGUACACUUUUGGCAUACCCAUCUCAAUAAAAUGUUACAUAUAGGAUUUUUAAAUACAAAAGGAUAUUGAAAUAAUGUAUACCACACAUCAUUUAACAUCCUGGUAGGUGUGUAACAGAGUACCCCACAUUCAUAUACAAAGACACUAAAAAGAUGCAGAGCUCAAAAAUUUAUUACAGUACUAUUUUUUUGUUUUGUUUUGUUUUUUUGAAGAAAAAAAAAAAAGAAUGAUUCUCACACAAACAAAUCCCAGCCCCCAGGAUCUAUGGUGGUAGUCAGGAAGUCCAUCCAAACAAAAACAAACA